GUGGAAGAGAUUCAAACACGGAAUUAUUAGUGCUUAUUUCGUGACGUUAUAAUACACAAUUUAUAAAUUAAGAAUUGCGCCUCCAAUGCAGAGAACCUAUUUAGUAUGUGCCUACAUACUCGUAGGUAGGAAGUAAGAUAGAGUGUUUGUGUGAUUUGAAGGUGAAGAAGCAGAAGAUGAAAGAGUGAGCUCCAAACUACAUGUACAUACGAGGUACCUAAAUGCUUAGAUCCACAUAUGUACUAGCCCCUGUCGAUUGGAGACUAAAGCGGGAAUACUCCAAGCCAGCAAGGCUUCUGAUUGGUUAAAUUUGCUCCCCGCGAAAAGCUGCUAAGAUUUCCUUCCUAUCGAUCAAGAAAAAUUUCCAGCUCGAUUUUUAUUUUUUUAUCGGUCAAUUGAUACCAUUUGAAAAUUGAUCCAUUGAGGUGCAACGCCCACCCACGACACCAAAGAACUCCCCCAUCCUGACGGCCUCGUACGUCUGAUCAAGUCGGUCGCUCAAAUAAAAACCUGCGUGUGUUCCCUCGAGAACGCCAAGAGACAAGAUGGGGUCGACGAAGCCAGAGAAGGAGAAGAAGGAAAAGAAGGACAAGAAGCGCAGCGAGGCCGACGGCGUGACAAAGUCUAAAAAAGACAAGAAGGACAAGAAAGAUAAGAAGGAGAAGCUGAAGACUGUCGUCACUGCUACCCUCGACGACCAAUUAGAAGUUGAUACCUCGGCGUCUGUCACCGUCGUGAAGGAUGGCGAGGAGAAGGUUGCUAAGGUCCUGGUUCCCGUAGUGGGCGCUCUGGUACCCUUUGCGAAGCCAUUGGCGGAUGAGAAGGGCACCAAGAAGAUUAUGAAGACCGUGCGGAAGGCUGCGAAGCACAAGACCCUCAAGCGUGGCGUGAAGGAAGUCGUCAAGUCACUACGCAAGUCGCCCGCCAGCGGACCGGGCAACACCUCAUUCCCGGGCGUUGUUAUCCUGGCCGGCGACAUCAGCCCUAUGGAUGUUAUUAGCCAUAUCCCCGUGCUAUGCGAGGACGUCAACGUGCCGUAUAUCUUCGUCACGUCGCGGGCUGAGCUAGGCGCCGCCGGCAGCACCAAGCGACCCACUAGUGUUGUCAUGGUCACUGAGAAGCGGACCGGAAGCAAGAAGGACAAGGCCGACGAGAAGAUAGCCGAAGAAGACGCCGAGGACUUCGCCGAUGCGUACAAGGACCUGGUCAAGCUGGUCGAGAAGGAGAGCAAGCAACUCAAGUUCACGUAGGCUUAGCUUCAUUUUACUGCGGUUGUUAUCUCUGCCUCGGGAGGGGGGUAUUUGUAUGAGAGAUCACCAUUCGACGUGGCCAUUUAUUAGCUAGCCUAGGAAGGCGGUCCGUGGUCGCGGGCGUUCUUCGCUGUCCUUUCAAGCAUCCAAGGUCUUCGGACCGAAAUUUACCUACGUAUU